AUUGCGGGAUGUCCUCUCCGGGCAUCUUCUACGUCAAGGAGUCAAAACAAACUUGGUGGAAACACCGUUGAAGUGAACGGUAUAGAUGUAUACCUAUCAUAACUUUUAGUAAAAUGGCUAAAGUAAUAAGUUGACGUUGAGAAGAUGAAUGAGUUUCCGGCGCAGGGGAGAGAAGAUGGACGUUUAGUGCCUUUUGGAAACUUUUUCUUGGGUUUGGGGUAGCUGAGAUGAAGCGCAGUGCUUGAGCACAGCUUUUUUUUCCUUAUUUUUUUUUUACCAGCAAAAGUGGCCCGGGUUGACUGAAAUAAUUGAACAUGUCACUGUGGAUCAUUCUUCCCAUCAGUCUACCAGUCUUCAUCCUAACAGGGAUAUGGGUUGUAUACGCUAUGGCCCUGUACAACCAGCAUGUCUGCCCUUUGAAUAACUGGCUGUACAAUGAUUCAUGUGAGGAGCUGCUUUCACUGCAGAGAGGGCCGGUGCUCUGCUGUACUCUGGAGAACCUACCCCUUAUCAGUAAGAGCGGGACCCUGCCUCCUGAGAGCUGCUUCUUCAGUCUCGUAUGCAGCACAGGGUCCUUCAUGGUGAUGAUGAUUGGCCUGCUGCGCUACGCCCUGGUCAUCGAGCGCCACCAGAACUGCGUGCUGAACACGGCCGGCCUCUGCACCUGCUGGGUGUGCGCCGCCGGCCUCCUCACCGCCGGGAACUUCCAGCUGGACUACGCCAAGGUGCUGCACUAUGUGGGGGCCGGUGUGGCGUUCACCUGCAGCAUGGUGUUUGUGAGCCUCCAGACGGCUCUGACCUACCGCUUGGCUAAGACCCAGCACGAGUACCUCCUGGGACACAUACGUCUGACCAUGUCCCUCCUCACCUUCAUGGCCCUGGUUCUCGGCGGGGGGUUCUUCUGCGUGGAGGCCAGCUUCGCGCUGCAGCACAUCUCGGCCAUCCUGGAGUGGGUGUUCUGCAUGCUCGUCAUGCUCUUCUACGGCACCUUCGCCUUCGAGUUCUCCGCCAUGUCCGCCAACACCCUGGUGGUGCUGUCCCGGGGGGGCGGGGCCUCCUCAUCCCCCUUCCCCGACCCUGUCCUCCACCACAAGAUGGAGGCGUCGUCGGCCGGCUGCUACCCGGCCGACAGCCUGGCCAUGCUGUACUCGGAGUGUGGCGGCGGCGGCGGGGACAUGACGUCGCAGCACGUCACGCAGAAGCUGUCCGGUGGGGGCGCCGGGGGGGACUGACGGACGGGUUGUGUGUGUGUGUGUGUGUGUGUGUGUGUGUGUGUGUGUGUGUGUGUGUGUGUGUGUGUGUGUGUGUGUGUGUGUGUGUGUGUGUGUGUGUGUGUGUGUGUGUGUGUGUGGCGGAGGGGGGCGACGGAAGACAAGCCAACAGCUGUUUGACCGCAACGACCAAAGACUGAGAGAGAGUCCGGCGGCGGCCGUCAAACUGUCCCGCCGUGACCGCGGCACAUCGGCGACGCAGCACAGCGUUUGCCGCGUCGUGUGUUUUUUACACACGGUGUGCGACCGUGUAGCGCCAGCGCGAGAAACGAGAGAGAGAGAAAAGUCUCGGCGUUCGCUUUGAUGCCUGGUUAUGUAACGAUUCCCUUUUUAUACAUGGCCAACCCCCCCCCGUUGCGCUCCAUGCGAUGCGGUUUCCUGAAACGUGCCUUGGAUGUGUGUUCCUCGCUCGGCACAACGUCGCGGGGGGGCACUUUCGCCUGUUCGUUUGUUUGGUUAUUUUUUCUCCUUCAGCGUUUGGUGUUUCAGACAACCAAGGCCAGCAUUGUUUGCUCUCAGGAAAAAUCUGUUACAUCACCAGCGUUAUACACUACAUCGAGGUAGAACCGCUGGAAAAACCUCAAGACAAUAGAGGGAUUGUUUUUUUCUACCAAGUAUUGUGUGCUGUUUGAAAAGCUGAUUCCCUUUUUUCUUUGUUUUUUUAAAAGGGGCAGAAUUGAGAGAAGGUAGGGGGACAUGUCGUUUACGGGAUGCUCGACCAAAACUAAGUAGCAGCAGCUUCACUGUGCUUUGCGAUGGACAGUCCACCGCGAUCUGAUGUAAUCAGACAAAGCUACCGCUGCCAAGCCUCGUUCUCCCAGACCUCCCAGUGGAAAAGCUAAGAGACUCUUGUUGAACUGUUGUGUGACCACACAGCCAAUGCAAAAAACCAUGCAACUCGUAACACAGGGCAGGCCUUCAGGGGGCAUCGCUGGAGGACUUAGCCUCGCCCCACCGCCUGACCCGGGUCGUUCUGUACUGGGGGCGGCGGCCUGGCCACCAGCCUCUCUGUGGAGCCAAAAAAAAAGGGACCAAAAUAGAGUACAAUUUGUGUGUUGUAUGUUAUCAUUCCCAACUGCAUUCCAAAGGAAUAUAGAUCUAUAAAUAUAUAUAUAUAUUUUACUGUUACCAUAACUGCUUGAAAUAAAUAAAAACGAAAAUCCAAAAU